GACAAUAAUGAAGAACCACCAUGUACCUCAAAUGAAGACUAUGUUACCUGUUUACAAGAGGUAUACAACAAUGAUAAUGAAGGCAAUGAGAAGUGGAACUUGCUGUCACCACCACCAAAGGUCGCCAACGCCACUGAUGCAGGUGGUGGGGGUGUGGGCGGCGUUGUGCGCUUGCGCACUGGGCGCGCCCUGCCCGCUGCCGGACGGCUCGGAGGCGUCGCUGGCGGCCCUGCUGCGGCUGCGGCACGGCGCCAACUGCUCGCGCGUCUCUCUGCAGGGCCUGCAGCAGCACGCCGCGCUGCUCGCCGCCGCCGACGCCGCCAACGCCGAGGCGCCCGCCGGAGCCCUCAAGAUCGGUGUGCAAGUGUUUGACACAUGCUCGGAGCCUGAUGACGCUGUGAAGGCGACGUUGCGAGCUCUGGUGGCCAAUGAGGGAACCUGUCUGCAACCGCCGCUGUUCCUCGGCUUCGUGGGCCCGAUGGACGCGGCCGGGCUGGCGGCGGUGCAGCGGGUGACGCGCGUCUUCGAGCUGCCGCACGUGGUGGCCUUCGGCGACGACGCCUCCACGGCGCUGCCCGUCACCUCCCACAAGCCGCAGCAGCGCACGCAGGCGCUGCUGUCUCUAGUGCAGCGGCUGGGGGCCCGCCAGCUGGUGGCGGUGCGGGCCGCGGACGCGACAGCUGCGCGCCAGGCUGAGGACCUGCUGGCCGCCGCCAAGGCUGCCAACAUCUGCGUGCUGCGGCCGCCGCUCGACGCCACAGGACUCUCCGCGCUACACGACGUGAGCAACGGCACGCUGGUGGUGGUGCUGUCCGGGGAGUCCGCCGAGCUGCCGCUGGGGGUGGUGGGGGCGGUGCCCUCGCGGCUGCCGCUGCUGGUGGUGGGCGGCGCCGCCGGCGUGCUGCCGGCCACGGCCGAGGAGGCGGCGGACGCCGGGGGGCUGCGCGGGGGCGGCGCCGCCCCGCUGCUCGUGCUGCACGACGUCGCCGAGCCGGGCGUGCUCAAGGCGGACACGUGGGCGGCGCGCCUCAGGGAGCUGCCGCUCUGGCACCACUACCUGCGACAGAUGGGCGCCGACGGCGAGCAGGCGGCCGGCGGGGACCGCGUCGUGCAGCUGAGCGAGACGGGCGACGCCUCUCUGGUGCCGGUGACGUACGCCGUGUCGCUGUACGCGGCGGCGGCGCGGGCGGCGCAGGCGGCGAGGUGCCGGGGUUCGGGCCCCGGGCCGUGCGCGGCGCUGCUGCAGCUGGCCAGGCCGGAGUGGCGCGCCACGCUCGCAGCCGUCACCGCCUUCGCGCGCCAAACCGCCGCCCCGGCGCGCCGCCUCCGCUUCCACAUGGACCUGCCCGCCGCCGCAGACCUCCUGCUCUGGGACGCCGCUCAGAGCGCUCUCCGCAAGGUGGGCCAACUUAGCGGCAAGCAGCUGUCCGUGAGCGACGAGGCGGCGAUGGCGGUGCCACAGCUGGAGGUGGAGCCAGACCCGUCGCUGUGCUACGGCGCGGCGCCCGCCCCCGCGUCCGCCCCCCGACCGGCCACGCCCGUCGGCGGUCCGGAAGACCCGCUGGCGGCGUUGCUGGGCGACGAUUACACGUACGACCAGAUGGUGGGGCUGCUGGCCGGCGUCGGCGUCGGCAUGCUGGCCUUCUUCGCGCUCUGUGUCUACGUCGUGUACUCCAGCUUCCGCGUGAGCAGCGGCAAGAGCGACAAGCAGUCCAACAGCUCCGACUCGCCGCGACACGGCUCCUCCAGGCGCUGCCGCCGCCGCAGCUCCUUCACGCCGCGGUCCUCCGUACGACGGGGCUCCGACUAG